AUUGUAUUCUUUGUAGUUUGCAACUUUGCACGAUCUUUCAUUUCGUCGCGCGCCUGUCAGGCGAUGCGUAGUUUUCUCUGUGAUGGCUCUUUAUAAUAUUUUCGUAUCUUUCACAUUUUUAUGAUAUUUGUGUCCUUUUAGUGAAAUUUAGUCUUAAUUUAUAUUUAUGCUUUCAAAUGCGUUUAAAUAAAAUGGCGAAUCAAUCCCAGAAAAUGGUGUUUAAGUUGGUGUUGACCGGAGGACCUUGCGGCGGCAAAACCACAGGACAAUCACGACUAAGCACUUUCUUCGAAAACUUGGGAUGGAAGGUGUUCCGGGUGCCGGAAACGGCUACCGUCCUCUUAAGUGGCGGUAUAAAGUUUGCAGAUCUCAGCCCAGAUGAAGCGAUAAAGUUCCAGGAGAAUUUGUUAAAGACCAUGAUUCAAAUCGAGAAUACGUUCUUUGAACUGGGACGAACGUGUCAACGGAACUGCCUCAUUAUAUGCGACCGAGGAGCCAUGGACGCAAGUGCAUUUAUAUCGAAGGAGAAAUGGGAGGCGAUGUUGGUUGCUAACAAUUGGAACAGCGUGGAACUUCGCGAUAACAGAUAUAACCAUAUCGUGCACAUGGUCUCAGCGGCUAAUGGCGCUGAAGACUUCUAUUCCACUGAGGAUCACGCUUGUCGAUCGGAGGGUGUAGAGCUUGCCCGGGAGCUGGACUACAACGCGGCGGCCGCCUGGAUCGGUCAUCCUUACUUCGACGUCAUCGACAACUCGACCGAUUUCGAUAAAAAGAUGAAUCGACUCAUCGCGUGCGUGUGCCAGAGGAUCGGCAUCGACACAGGCGACCGGCUCAACGUCAACUCUAAGAAACGCAAGUUUCUCGUCAAGAGUCCUCUACUUCCCGACUCCGACUUUCCGCCCUUUCAAGAUUUCGACGUGGUACACAACUACUUGCAAAGUGAUUUCCGGAAAGCUCAGGUUCGACUUCGCAAGCGAGGUCAGAAGGGCCACUGGUCUUAUAUUCACACUGUGAGGAAGUUCCACCCGACGAACGGGCAGUCCGUAGAAGUGCGUACGCAGUUGACGCACAGGGACUACCUGAACAUGCUUCCGCAACGCGACGAUGCACAUUUCACGAUAUACAAGAAGCGUCGUUGUUUCAUCUUCAACAAUCAGUACUACCAGUUGGACAUUUAUAGACAGCCCACGCAUCCCAGGUGUCGUGGGUUAGUACUUCUCGAAACGUACAGUGCAGCUUACGACCAGGAUGCGCUGCUAGCUUCCCUGCCAAAGUUCCUAACUAUUGAGAAAGAAGUUACUGGAGACCCAGCUUACUCCAUGUACAAUUUAUCUUUAAAAGAAGAUUGGAAAACUUCAACUAAGUAUUACGCUGGUUCUGAUAAUAAUGGACAAACAAAAUGUUUAACAAACGGCCACAGUGCAGAGAAACUUAAUGGCCAUGCGGAGAAAUUAAAUGGGCACAGCUACAACAAGGUCAAUGGACACAAUGAAGAGAAGAUCACCACUUACAGCAAAAUAAAUGUUCAUAAAAUGAAUGGACAUGAACCAACAAAUUCUCUCGACAUUGAUAUAAAUAACUGCAAAAAUAUAUAUGGUGCGAAGCCAAGAUCACCAAAGAUUCCAAAGAAAGAUUCUCUUAAAGUAUAAUUGGAAAAGCGAUUUAAUGUCUAUACUUAAGAAUUUGAUAUUUAUAAAUUCCAUUUUGUGGCAUUACAGUAUACACCAAAAUCCUAAAUAAUAUUAGUAGUAUAAGCAAUAUGAUAUCUGCGAUUUCAAAUUUAAACAUCUUUGUAUAACUCUCUGUAUUUUAUUCAAGUAAUUAUAAAAGCCAAAUAAAGCAACUAUUUUUAUAGCAUUUCUUGACUGCAAUAUUUUCAUAUAGAUUUGCGUCAGCAAAAUGUGCACAUUUAAUGAAAUAUACUUCAUUGACAAAAAAAUACUUAAUAUUGUUUGUGCCUUUUAUAUAUUCAUACAGUAUUGUAUAUUGAAUUACAUUUUACAUUAUUUAGUACUUAAUGAUUGCAAUAAUAAAAUAUUAUAUAUUGUUGCAGAAUGUAUAGAUUUUAUUCGCGGCAUUCGAAUUAUGAUAAAAAAUUUCAAGCAUAUUCUUUUAAUAUACUUAAUAUAAUAACUAUUUUAAAAAAGUAGUUAAAUGUUUCACAUGAAGUUAUUGAUAUCUUGAUGUCCAAUUUCACAUUUUUUAAUUCAAAUGAAAUUCACAACUCAUCUUAAUUUCUAGCGUAGUCACUAUUAGAGUUGUAAGUGUGUCACUAAGCGAAGUGUAAUUUUCACUAAGCAAAGUUUAAGACAUCAAUAUUUUAUUUUAUUUUUAUUAAAUGUUAGAAUGUACUUAAAUAAUCACUCAGGUGUAACUCGAUAAAGUAUUUGUCUAAACUUAUGUACUUUAUUAGACGCUGUAACUAUCGAUGUAGCUACUAUGCUAUCAUAUUAUUUAGCAGGAGUUAGCGGUAGUAGCACUGUUUUAAACGGCUGUGCUGUGUAACGUUAUUUAACUAUUAGAGCUAUUUUAGCUUUGCUAAUUUAUAGCAAAACCAUGCCUAACCAAUUUUUAAGGGUUGCACUGUUUUUUUUUUUUUACAGUUUUUUUAUCCUUAAAAAGCUUUCCCAAUUUUACAGGUAAUGAACUUUUACUGAAAUUUUUUUUCGGACUUAUACCACUAAUGUUUUUUUGUGCAACCUUAAUUUAUUGACAAAAUCUCAAAAUUGUAUGUUUUCGUACCAUUGCACUGAUUCUUGAAUAAAGAAGUGUGCAUCCAAUA